UUACACAACUUUUAUCUCUUGCACUCAAAGAUAUUUUACUUUUUGACUUGCCAUUAUCAAUGAGUACUAUUCAUUAUCCGUGUGUUGGACGCAUUUUGCUGCAGCAAUAGCAAGUAGCAACUCUUAUAUAAUUCGGAAAAAUAAAUUCAAAAUUUGAAAGUAUGCUUCUGUUUCAGUGUUUGUUUAUCACUUUAUCUAAGCGAGAUUUUGUUUGUUGUGAUCAUCACUCUGUUUUAGUGGUUGUUUAUCACUUUAUCUGCUUAAAAAAAUCUUCAUAGGGUGAUUUUGUUUAUUGUGAUAUCACUCGGUUUCAGUUUUUGUUUAUCUCCUUAUAAAUCCCUUCCUAAUCGUGAUUUUCUACUACUCUUUCGCGUUUGUGUUUUCCUCUCACUCUACUGCUUCCUGCCUACCCUUUUACGCAAAGUCAGUGAUAAAAGCAUAUAGAGUUUGUUCCCUUCGUAAAGCACUGGUUUUGAGGUUGGUGUUGUGUUGAGAUGGGUGAUCUUGACUACUACAAGAUACUGAAGGUGAAGGGUGAUGCCACGGAUGAGGAGGUGAAGAAGGCCUACAAGAGGUUGGCCAAGAAGUGGCACCCUGAUAAGAACCUUGAAGAGCCUCUUAAGAAGGAAGAGUUUGAGGCCAACUUCAAGCAGCUUUGUGAGGCCUAUGAUGUGCUGAGUGACCCCAAGAAGCGUCAGAUAUAUGACUUGUUUGGUCACUAUCCCCUUGACUCUCGCCGCUUAAACAAGGAGAAUAGUAAUGGGAAUGAAAAGGUUGCAGGGGUCAUUGAGAGCACCUUGCCGUGUACCCUUCUCGAGCUUUACAACGGUUGCAAAAAGUGGAUGAAGGUCUUGAGAACAGUUCCUGAUGAAUUUGGUUGGCUAUUUGGAUCGCUUGGCAGUAAGUUGAAGUGUGUAGAAGAAAUGUUGAAGGUAGAUAUUGAACCUGGUUGGAAGAAGGGCACAAAAAUCACUUUUCCUGGGAAGGGAAACCAAACACUAGGAAGAGCUCCAGCUGAUCUAAUCCUUGUGUUGGAGGAGAUGCCUCAUGCUAUUUUCAAGAGGAAUGGAAAUGAUUUAGUUGUGGUCCAGAAGAUAUCACUUGUAGAUGCUCUCACAGGAAAGACUCUCAACUUGACUACUUUGGAUGGAAGAUAUCUCACAAUCCAAGUCGCUGAUAUUGUGAAACCAGAUUAUGAGCUGGUGGUCCCAAACGAGGGCAUGCCCAUCUCAAAGGAACCUGGCAAGAAAGGGAACCUCAGAAUCAAGUUUGAUGUUGUGUUUCCAUCAAGCCUGGCUUCUCCACUGAAGUGUGAUAUAACUAGGAUUCUGAGUGAUGCUGAUUACUAAACUAGUAUUUUUAGUUUAAUAUAGCCGUGACUUUCCAUUAACCUUCUUUCACAUGGAGAUUAGUUUACACUGUAAAUAACCCUGAUUCCACUAAACGAUAUGAUUUAUGUGCAUAUUACAAAUAAACCUAGCAUAGUUGCUGGUUGCUACCAUAUUUGCAGCAUGAUGUAGCUUUGGAAACAAGUAUAUAACUAUAUUGCACAGUUUUGGUAUUUUUAGAAUCAAGGGGUGGGUGGGAAUGGAACUAUGGUUAUUUGUGCAUUGACUGGUUUUAGUUAAAUGCAUGUGUUUUGUUUAUUAUGAUGUGAUUAGUUUGAAAUUGACUUAUCUAAAGAUAUUUCCUUAUUUAGAAUCUUUGUGCGUAUCAAUGUCCAUUCGUUUUGUUCCCAUCAUUUCUCUUUCAAACUUGGCCUUUUAUUUUAUUGAACCUUUUUCUUAAGCAGAGAGAUAGGGUACUAUUUCUGUUGUUUCUCACUUGU